CUCGCUCUGACUUUUCAUUUGGAUUUUAUCACCCAGUUCCAAUCAAACCAUCAGUGAACAUUGAAUUGUUCGCCAAAGUGGCCAUACAUACCAUUUAAACUAAAUACGAAUAAAAAGUGAAAAGUCCGAAGUGUAAAAUGAAUAAAUUAACGCCACUUGAAAUAAAUGAUUUUUGGUCUGAUGAUUCAAUUCCGGAUUCAACGCCAAUGCGUGAUUUUUAUCGCGGAAAAGUGAUUCUAUUAACCGGUGGCACGGGAUUCCUUGGACAAAUAUACGUGGAGAAACUAUUGCGAUGCGAAGUAAAAAUGUUGUACGUGUUGACCCGUCCAAAGAAAGGAAAAUCCGCAAUGGAACGUUUGUGCGAUUUGUAUUCGGGGCCAUUGUUUGUUCUGCUACAGAAAAUCGAUCCGAAUUACAUGGAUCGUGUACGUGCCAUUGAUGGAAAUACACGUGAACUAAAAGUCGGUCUAACCGAUGAAAUUCGCAGCACACUCACAGAUAGUGUUAAUAUUAUUUUGCAUGCAGCAGCUGACGUUCGCUUUGAUAAUACAUUGAAAGAGUUAAGUUUGGUAAAUCUACGUGGUACACGUGAACUGCUUAAGUUGGCCGAAGAAUGUAAACAUUUGGAAAUGUUUGCGUAUAUUUCCACCGCAUUUUCGCAUUGUGUCCGAAAAUACAUUGAAGAAAAAUUCUAUGAAGCACCCAUUGAUCCAGAGGAUAUGAUCAGAAUCGCUGAACACUUUGAAGAUCAUAAUGAAGAUGAAUCAGUUCUGGACAUUAUCACCGAAAGUUUUGUUUGGCCAUGGCCAAACACCUACUCAUUUUCAAAGGCUCUUUCUGAGGAAUUAAUGCGCCAGUAUGGACAGCGUAUUCCGAUUGUCGUUAUUCGGCCCUCAAUUGUAAUUGCCACACAUGAAGAUCCGAUUCCAGCCUGGUGCAAUAAUAUAUACGGAUUGAAUGGAAUGUUGGUGGCAUGUGGUCUUGGUUUCUUACGAAUUAUGGUAUUCGAUCGGGAUCUAAAGGGUGAUAUAAUUUGUGCGGACUUUGUAACAAAUUCUACAUUGGCUGCCAUUUGGGAUCGAUACAAUGAAUUAAAAUUAUUGAAUUCAACAAAGGAAGCUAUCGCAGAUGUAAGCAAAAGUGGUGGAAUAGUUAGCGACGCCAAUUCUGAUCAGUUGACGGAGAUAGAGUCCAAAGUAUAUAAUGUGACGUCAAAAGAUGAUGAAGUUACUUGGGGUCAUAUCAGUGAUACCAUGCGUGAUAUGUUGAUUAUGUAUCCAACCACAAAGAGUAUCUGGUGCCAUUUGACCAAUACAACUCGUUACCGGAUCAUGGAGUUCUUUUUGGUAAUAUUGUAUCAUGCGAUUCCUGGUUUAAUCUUCGAUUUUGUUUUGAAAUUCACAAAGAAUCCGCGUCGUCUAAUGCCACUGUAUCGCAAAACACAUCUUUUUAUGGUGAAAUUACGAUAUUUCAUGACGCAACAAUGGACAUUUUGCAAUAAAAAUAUGUACGCCGUUUAUGAAAGAAUGUGUGACCAUGAUAAAGCCUACUUUCCCAGUGACGUCCGAAACUUCCAAUGGGAUGCAUAUUGUUACAACUAUAAUUUGGGAUUGCUUCGUUACAUUGGCAACGAAACGAUUGAAGAUUUCGAACCUGCGCGUCGGCGCAUGCGUAAAUUUCACAUUGCUCAUUUGUUCGUGCUUGCCAUUUACUACACGCUACUUGCUUUACUUUACUAUUAUCUGGGAAGAUUAUUUGGCAUCAACAAUUUAAUCAGCUCACAAAUUCAACGAAUCAAUGAUUCGUUUUAAUAAAGAUUAAGAAAUGAUGUUAGUUUUGUUGUUCCCCUUUUUCGAUGAAAUUUGGUAAAAUUUUAAAAAUAAAAAAGA